AUGGAGCGUCCAGUGGAAGAGAUAUCGACGGUUAUCCGUCUUCUUACCCAGUCUAUCCCCUCGUUGCAAGAAAAGGCCAUCGAGCGAUUCUUCACUAGCGAUGCCUCAUUCUAUCAUCCAUUCUGUUUUGUUCCCAGCUUCGAAGGGAGUCGAUGGUACGUGCUAAAAAUCUUCCAAUGGUACAAAAUCAUGUCGCCCCGGAUUGAAAUUGAAAUACAUUCCAUUGCAUUCGAUGAGAAACAACUCAAACUCUACAUUAAUAUGUCACAAAUCUUCUCUAUCUGGAUUGUGCCAUUCCAUGUCGCACCGGUAACUCUUACAACGGUUCUUGAUCUGACCACUGAGACUCGAAGUGAUCAGGAUCAGCCGUUGUAUUACAUCAAGAAGCAGGAAGAUCUUUAUCAGACCUCGGAGUUUAUCAAAUUCUUGUUACCGCACGUGGGGCACGCCCUGGCCUCGGCAUGGCAACUGUUCGCAACGUGCUUCUGCAUUCUCGGCGUUUUUGCUCUAUUCCCAAUGCUGUGGCUUGAGGAGAAUGGUUACCUGCCUGGUCGAAUUGCACAGGGUAAUUUAGCUUACAGCAUUGAUCGCAAAGUUGAGGAGAUUAAACAGAAGUGA